AUGGUGGGACUUGUGGUUGAGAAGGUAGAACCUGAGGCACAUGUAGAGUCCAAGGGAGAGGAGGUCAAGGAGCACCGCCUCAUAAAUACAAAGAAGGUGGUUCGGGUGGACGUGGAGCUCCUCGAGACAAAAGUCACAUUCUUUGUUUUAAUUGCAACGAGAUGUGACAUUACUCAACACAAUGUCGAGCAAAGAAGAACAAGCUUACUUCGAAGGAGGUAUCUCGAUCAAGAAGACAACAUAUGCAAAAGGGGUUUUGAACCAAUUGGAAUGCUUGAUUGCAAUUCAAGAGAGGCCCCAAUGGAGCAUAGGGCUCAACUCCAUAAGGAUUCCGAAGGACAACCGAUUGAUGCAACUGAAUAUCGAAGAGUCAUUGUUUGUCUAUGCUAUCUCCUUCAUACAAGGACAUAUCUUUCUUAUGAUGUUGGUGUUACUAGCAGAUUCAUUGAGAUGCCAACUGAGAUACAUCACAAGGCAGUGAAGCAGAUGACCGGAAAAGUAUUAGGGGGCAUGACCUUUUACAUCAAUGAUAGUCUUGUUUCGUGGAACUCCCAGAAACAGAAGUUAGUGGCACUGUUCACAUGUGAAGUAGAUUUCAUGGUUGUAGCAACGACAACGUGUAUGGAACUUUGGUUAAAAUCAUUGUUUUUCGAAUUAAGUGGUUCAAAAUCUAAGGCAGCGAAACUCUACGUUGAUAACAAGUCCGCACUUACACUCAUAAAAUAA